AUGAUUUGCGAUAUACCCGAUAAACAAACAGAAAAGCUAAUCAAUGAAACUAUUGAUAUGGAAAAUCAAUGGCAAUUACUUAUUGAAGGAUUAAAUACACUAAAAGAAAGACACUUAUCAACUGAUUCAAUGAAUUCAUCAUAUUUCAAUCAAUAUGAAGAUCUAACUAAAGAUAUUGAAUAUUGUUUAAUAUCAGCUAGACAAUUGAUCAAUGAACAGGAACAAAUCAAUAUAAAUAAUUUAUCUGAUAAUGAUCAACUUCUCUCUAAAAUAAAAAAAUGUGAAGAAGAAUUAAAUAAUUUUAAAAAUACUAUUGAUAGUCUGACAACUGAUGCAAUCUGUCAUUCAUUAAUUCAUGAACUAGCUAAAGUUAGUACAUCUAUUAUAACAAUGCGUAUGCAAUUAGAGAAUCGAAUUGAACAACAAUAUAGUUUUAUUAAUGAAUUAGAAACAUUUGCAAAUUGGUUAAAAAAAUUUACGAAGGAAUCGAAAACAAUUGAUGAACAAACAAUUCAAUUAUUUAUAAGUCAACAACAAGAACAUUUUAAUGAAUUAACAAAAUUUAAACAAGAAAAUGAUGUAAACAUCAAUGAACAAAUUCAAAAUUUAAUUCACAUGUGGAAUGAUUUAUUAUCGAUGACCACUAAUUCACAGAAUAUAGUGACUACACAAUUAUCAUCAACAUGUGUAAAUGAACAUCAACAUAAUAUAGUUGAACAAGCCCAAAAACUAUUAUCUACUAAUAUACAAUUAGGCAAUCGUCGAGAAAUUGAACAACUUAAAAAUAAAAUUACAGUAUAA